GGGCCAUUUGCUAACUCUUUCAACAAUUUCCUCGCCGCUUUAGCCAGGAGACAUGAUUUCUUCAACAUAUAUUUGACGUGGAAGUCGCAGCGGAUUGAUGCGCUGGUGGCUUGUUGGCGAUAUAUAUCGAUUUUUCUUUCUUGACGAUUACGCUUGUGCCUGGACUUACUGCUUCACGCAAAUCAAUCUAUCGUUCAAGAGGUGGCGGUCAGAGCUGAAGAAAAAAUAUUUUACUCAAAGAACAGAAGAUUGGGAGCGUUACUGGCAUCUUGACGAGCGCGCCGAUGGAGUUGAUUUUUUUGCACUUUGCGAUUAUUGGGACACGGCCGAAGCUCAGGAACAAGCUGAAAUAGCAAGGAGGAACCGCAAUGCGCCCCGCAGUUACGAGCAUCACGGGGAUCGUAUUCUGACUGGUUGGAGACCAAAUUACGCCGAUGAAGUGAAGAAAGCGCAGAACCGGGAUCUGGCUGCUGGGACUUCUCGACAAGGUGGAGUUGGUGAUGAGGAUGAGGAUGAUGAUGAUCGGGACUGA